AUGAUCCCGUGGUUCGUGAAACUCUUGACACUGAAGAAGGGCUUCCGCGUAAAUUACUCCUUCACGGUGGAUCCAGUUUUUCUUCUAGUAGAUGACUGCGAUGUUUUAAUUUCAAACGUACCUUGCACUCUCUUGUCGAUGGACAUCUUCAACCGCUGCAUUGGAACUGUUGCUCACAAGACAGGUCGCAUAAAAUCCUGCUUUGAAGAAUACUACGAAUCACUGGUUAUAAGUGACUGCCUGGAACGCGCACUCUAUAUCCAGGGCUCGGAGUUCUAUGACCUCUUCAAUGAGGCUGAACGCGAAGAAUUCCUUUUUAGACUCUUCAAGCACAUUGUCACCGGAGGUGAGCUUUCACAGCCAAAUGAAGACCUUAGAGCAUACACAAACUUUGUCAAGAAUCUCUACAGAGAUCUGGUUAGUGUGCAAAAGAUUCACGACUCAGAGAAAGUAAGAGUUGUUUCUCUGGUGUACGACGUUAGAGCUAUGAGUAAUAACCGCACUGUUUAUCCAUCUGGAAAGGUGCAUGUCAACACAUUCGCUUACCUCAUUGUCGAUCCCGUCAAGCGUCAUGUCUUCGCACUUUCCCAUGUCUAUGGCGUUGGCCAGUUUUGA